ACACGCUCGGACGAAAUUGGGGCGCCAAAGUUUGCUUCCGUAGUUGCUUCGCUAUGUACUGACGCCAGGACAUCUCGAUCCAAAUGGAGCACCUACAGAACAUACACAUUAUGAUUAAGGUCAUAGUUAUCGUUUUGCACUGUAGAGGUUCCUCAGCCGAAACGACCAGGAGGAUCAGUGUCUUGGUAGAUGCAGAGGUGACUCUCAGCUGCCUUUUCGACAAACUGCCCAAGCUGGCGGAGUGGAGCACUCUCACCAUCGAGUGGAACGUGGUGGAUAAGCAUGGCGAGAAGAGCGUUGUGUACACGUUCGAAGACGGCAGGGCGCACGUGAACAGGGAUGGCUCUGUGGUGGACAGAAUGCAGUUGCUCGAUGGCGAUGCGUCUCUGCAGCUUCGUAACGUGACCGUGGGGGAUGGAGGGCUGUACACCUGCAGAAUCAUCACACCUGUGGUCUACACAGAGACCACUUCGCUGGAAGUGCUGGCUCGGCCUUCGGUGUCGCUCCCGAAAACGGCGGCAGUGACCGAGGGGGAGGAGAAGAUGAUCCAGUGUGACAUUACAGGUUUCUAUCCAGAGAAACUGGCGGUGACAUGGCACGUCCAAAAUGGCUCCCACACCGUCCAGGCGGGCGCCAGCCUCCUCUUGCGCGUCUGCACCGAAAUGUCCACUCACAAUCCAGAUGGCACCUACGGUAUUCGCAGUGGCAUCACGCUGCACUCCUCGGCCGUGAAGGAUGGAGAGAUGCGCAUCAUCUGCCAGGUGGAGCACCAGACCUUCAGCUGGCCGUACAACAGAUCUGUCACGCUGACUGUUCAGGCUCCGUCACAGCCCCUUUACAGUGCUGUCACACUGAUAGCUGUCACCAGUGUCAUCAGUCUGCUGCUGGUCACCUCUGCUGUUGGAGGCGCUCUGCUUCUCUACACCUAUUUUUGUCAAACUGCACCAAGUGUUUCUGAAAUCAGCCAACCUAGUAUCGCAUACGCACAGUUGCCGACCGACCUUAAAUGCACCGUCCGAGGAGCCAGACAGCGGGAGGUUAAGGUGAAGUGGUUUAAAUUAAUAAGCUGCGCUGACUCGGCGUUGCACUCCGAAUCUGUUUUUCUGUUGGCCGGUGAGGAUCUGAGCGCACGGGCUUGUCUCCAGUCGGACGGCGCAUGCCACACUUCUGUUUUGACCGUGUGUCUGACCGUCGAUGAAGACCAGACCGAAUACCAGUGUUUGGUGCUGUGCAGAGGCAAGACCUUCAGCAGAAAGACCACAGUCCGGGUAAAAGUGGAGCCAUCUUUCCUGCAGAUCUCCAGCAUCCCUCAGAUCCCCAAGGUGGAGUGGCUUCUGGUCCUCUGCUGUCGGGUGGAGAACUUCUACCCCCGGGACAUCGACCUGGAGUGGUCCCGGAGCGACGGGGAGCAGGUCCGCACCGCCACGCACUUCGGCCCUUUCGCCGACCACAACCGCCUCUACAGCGUGUGGAGUGAGAUUCAUCUGCGCAUGGCCCGAGAGGACGAGAGGGCCGUCUACACCUGCCGGAUUUACCACUCCAGCUUCCCUGCUCCGGGAUACAAAGACGUCCUGUACCACAUCAACACUCAAGGAACUGCUCCGGAUGUGAUGUUCAUCGACUGCGAGCCGCCGUGUCCUGUGUUGAAUGAAGAGUGUACGAUGCACCUGUGCAUCAGAGACUUCUGUCCCGAGGACGUGUCGGUGACUUGGACUAAAGAUGGGGAAACGGUUCUUUCCGGCGUCUUCAAUACUCCCCCGAGCCUGAACAUCAACGGUUUCUACUCCAUGUUCAGUUUUCUCAAACUCACCCCCAAGGAGGACGACCGGAGCUCCGAGUUCAGGUGCCGGGUGGCCCACAGCGCCCAGAUGGAGCCCGAGGAGAGGCUCUUCACAAUGCCGGCAGCCCACAGCCUGCGUCUGAGGGACGGCUCCUGAUGUUGGAAACUCUUGUAUUUCAUUCUACGGUGGUUCAACCUGAAGAUCAGGAGAGAUAAACCGGAGUUAUGGACAUUAAUACAGAUAUCUGGUCCAGUUAUUACUGUCCACCUCCUGAUGGGCAUGAGGCAGUGGCUCUUUGUUUGUCAUUUAAAUGACAUGUUUCCAUAUCACCAAGUAUCAGAAACUGUAUGGCUUUAUGUUAUUUAAACAAAAUAAAGGUAGAAUAUCAUAGAAAUACAACUUAAACAUAAAGCACAUUUUAUUUAUAGCAACAGGAGUAUUUCUUUUUGUGUCAAUCAUUUUUUUGUGUUAUUAAACUUAACACUGCUUAUCCAGUUUUGAGGUGUUUGUUAAAAAUGUUCUUAAAUACAAUUGUUGUAGGAACAUGUCAAAGUAUAAUAUCUCUGCUCUGUGCAUAUAAGUUCGUCAUUCAACACGUUGUGACCUUUUCUAGCGCACUAUGUGAGAAUGAGAAUGAAUAUCCUCAUGGUUACUCCACACAAGUGUGAAUAUUCUUUUAUGUAAAAAAGACUACCAAAUACGCUGCUUUACUUGUCUGAUAGCUUAUUUAUGCACUUUGUUUCUUUUUGACCCAACACAAAGCAUGUUGUUGAAAGGACAGAGGACUUGCUGAUAAUAAUAAUGAACUGAUAGUUCAGUGGUGGAAUGUAACAUUUACUCAAGCAGCUACUGACCGUGAGUACAAAUGUGAGAUACUUGCAUUUGUUUUGAGUUUCAUACUACUGUAUACUUCUAUUAAUUUAUUUCACAGCCUUAGUACCUAUGUGACUGAAUCACAUAGGGAUGUAGUCAAAUCAAAUAUCAUUAGAGAAGUUUCAGAACAGACUCAGAUGCUGCAUGAAGAAGCACUGAACUCAAGUCGAUGGAUAUUUGAAUGUGUUUUGAUGCCUAAAAUAAGCUGUAGAUGGCAACGUUAUGCGUCUUAAAAAGACAGUUAUUGAGGUCACAUGACUGUGGACUAGUUUGUUUUCUAGCCUAGCAUAAACCUUGACCUUCAUUUGUAAAGAUAAUCUAGCUGAACAAAACAUGUUCAUUUGCCACAAAGUUAAUUUUCUAUAAUAAUCCAAAAUCUAAUGGACACGUCCCAUCGUCUUUUUGUUGAGGGAACCAGUGCGAUGCUAACUUCCUGGUUGGCCUUCACACCAAUACAGCACUCUAUGACUAAACAAUGCAAUUCUUUUUUUGUGCAUGUUUUGUAAAUUGUGGUUGAAUGUAAGUCUUGAUAAUAAUAAUUGAAUUGAAUAAAGAAAACAUUUGUAAAAUUAA